AUGACGUCAUCAUUUGACGUCGUGGGCCGGGCCCCGCCGGAGCUGCUGUGGGCUGGUGUGCCUCACAGUUCUCAUCUGAUGGCCCUGCUCAGAGCCAGCCAGAUGCAGAACUCUAACCCUAGCCCUAGCCCUAACCCUAACUCUAGUUUUAUUCUUAACCCCGUUAGGGCUAAAGAGGAGGGGGGUUUAAUCGGGGGAGGAGCAAUGAUGAGUGAGCCUCAGCUCCCGAUGUUUAGGAACGAGAGUCCUGCAUAUCACUACCAGCAGCAGCAGAAUAUGCUGCUGAGUGAAGCGCCGACGAGCUCUGGGAUCCAGGAGCUUUAUCAGAGGCUGAGAUCGUCGUCGAUGAACAGUGAUCAUUUGCAAGUUAUGUCGAACAAUGUGAGUUCUCCUGGUGUUAAUGCCAAUUGCUUCCCUUCUGCUGUUGCCGCACCGGUGACCGCUGUGUCUGUCAUGAGCACGGCUUCCUCGAUUAUGGAGCCGAUUCCGUUGACUGGGGGAGACUUUGGGUACUGGAAUCCGAUGAUGACGUGGCCUGAUAUUUCGACGGCGAAUGGAGCGUUCCCAUGA